GUCACUUCCGCGCGCCGCCGUAACGUCACUGUCGGGCGCGUACAGCGGCCGUAAGAGUUGCUGUUCAAGUUCGGUCUCCGUGGCCUCUCGCGAGCCAUGGAGAGUGACUUUUAUCUGCGCUACUACGUGGGUCACAAGGGCAAGUUUGGCCACGAAUUCCUGGAAUUUGAGUUCCGACCCGACGGGAAAUUGAGAUAUGCCAACAACAGCAAUUACAAAAAUGAUGUCAUGAUCAGAAAAGAGGCUUAUGUACAUAAAAGUGUGAUGGAGGAACUAAAAAGAAUAAUUGAUGACAGUGAAAUUACCAAAGAGGAUGAUGCUUUGUGGCCUCCUCCUGACCGAGUGGGCCGGCAGGAGCUUGAAAUCGUCAUUGGAGAUGAACACAUUUCUUUCACAACAUCAAAAAUUGGUUCCCUUAUUGAUGUCAAUCAAUCCAAGGACCCAGAAGGCUUACGAGUAUUUUAUUAUCUUGUCCAGGACCUGAAGUGUUUGGUCUUCAGUCUUAUUGGAUUACACUUCAAGAUUAAACCAAUUUAGAUUGAAUAUUGGUGUGGACACAAGGGGGGUGGGAGUAGCUGUUUUUAAUUACCAUUAUCAGGAAAUUUUUGUGUAUAUCAGGCCAAUAUUUUUUUUAUAAACUGUAAAUGACUGUCUUUAAUAAAUACGUAACAAAAUGCAACUUUUGUCUUAUAAAGAACUGAAAGUGUGAA